GCUUAAAGCGGAUAAUAAUUACGAAGGAAUAAGAACUGGUUCUUUAUUUGUUAAGUUCAGUACAUCAUCAUCGCUUAGAAUCUUAGUAUUAAGAGCGACGCAAAAACAACGAUUGUAUUGUGAAAAAUUGUGAAUUUUUAAUAAAACGAAAUAUAUACAAUCAUCGCUAAUUUGACCGCAUAUAAAAGAUAAAACCAAAGUUUAAAUAAAAAGUGAAAAUAAUGAUAAGAAAAAGCUAUAAACCUUUCAUAUGUGGCACUGCUUUGGUUUUCUUUACGGCACUAAAUUUGAUUGGGGCCACAGUAAGACCAGAAGCAAAAUCUUUAGAUGAAAAAAAUUUGCUUAAACGAAUGGAAAUUUUCGACUCAAUUAAUACGCAAUUUUUCAGCCCCGGAAUCUCUACAUAUGAUGACUAUGAUGAUUACGUGCCCUUUAGCAGUGAUGCUCAUGAUCGUUUUUCUUGGGGGCUGCUUAAACUUGUGUUAAAAGAAGAAAAAACAAACGUGAUUAUAUCACCCUUUUCGAUUAAACUGUUGUUAGCUGUAUUAGCCGAGGCCACUAGUAACAAUACGCAGACUCAACGAGAACUAUUAAAUACGUUAGAAGAUAUUAAAUCAACUGACAAUCUGCGUGGUUUCUAUAGAAAACUGUUGGCUUCCCUAAAAAAAGAGAAUCCCUAUUAUAGCCUCAAUCUGGAGACUAGAAUAUUUGCGAGCGAAUUUAUUGAACCUGAGCAACGCUACGCAGCAAUGUUGUUUAGUUAUUAUGAUACAGGUAUAGAACGUUUAAAUUUCACCGAUGAACAGGGAUCAGCCGAUUUUAUUAAUAAUUGGUGCGCUAACGCAACUAAUGGGCAUCUCAAGAGCUUAGUUAGUAAAGACAAUAUUAAAGACAGCGUAUUACUGCUAACAAAUGCAAUUUAUUUCCACGGCACAUGGCGGCGCCAAUUUAACGAAACCUACGAAGGACUUUUUUUCAGAGCUCCAAAUGCAGAAACGCGAGUGCAAUAUAUGACAAUCACGGAUUAUUUUUAUUACUACGAUCAUAUGGACGCCAAAAUUUUACGCCUACCAUAUCGGGGUAAAAAAUUUUCAAUGUUCAUUCUUUUGCCUAAAAUUAAUGGUGGUAUUGAGGAAUUUCUUGACACCCUCAAGAAUGAUCAAGUGAAGUCGUUGCAAUUCAUGAUGGAGGAAACUAAGUUGAAAGUGACUUUACCAAAAUUUCAUUUUGAAUUCGAUAAAAACUUGAAAGAAACGUUAAUUGAUCUGGGAAUACGUGAUAUUUUUACAGACCACGCCUCGUUGGCAGGCCUAGCUAGAGGUGCCGGUGUUGCCGGUAGACUAAAAGUUACCAACGUAUUGCAAAAAGCCGGCAUUGAUUUCAACGAAAAGGGUACCGAAGCUUAUGCCUCCACAGUUUUCGAGAUUGGUAAUAAAUUUGGCGGUAAUCCCCUUCUUGAAGAAUUUAAUGCCAAUCGUCCGUUUAUAUUCUUUAUCGAGGAAGAGCAGACCGGAAGUAUUAUGUUCGCCGGGAAAGUGUUAAAACCGGUUUUUUAAAACAAUACCGGUUAAAAGUUAUAAAAUUAUCUCUAAUUAAAAAUCGAAGUAAUAAAUAAAAGGAAUUUUAAGAAAUAUGUAAACGACGUUAACAUUGCAUUGAACAUUGUUUGCGUCGUCGCUUUAUUUCCUUAGCACUUAUGUGGAGUUUAACAACUCCAUUCUACAACUAUUCAACAACUUAUAUAUGCCUCAUUGUAAAUAAACCCGUCAAUUUUAACCUCCCGAACAGGCAUAAAAUGCUGUAGGAAGUUUCAAAAUGCUGAAAAAGUGAGAGCGAUACAAAAUAAAAGCAAAAUUUUUUUCGCAACAACAGACAUAUUCGAAAGCCGUCUAAUGCUUUGUUUCAAAAAGGUCCUUGAUCCGUUCACUCGCAUAUACUCCCAGUAAACAAAGACGUAUUGCUUCGUUAAUGUACGCAAAUAUGAAAAAAUUUCCAAAAGUUUUGGAAAUUUGCUGAAUGCGGCAAUGGUAAUUAUUAUUAUGAGUUUGAUAGAAAGUUAUAGUAAGCAAGUCUGAUUGAAUACAUGGCAAUAACCAAAGGUGCAAAUAACUAAUGUCGUAUGUAAUAAUUCGAGUUAA